CUGCCGAACUUCCUGCGGCGGCUGUUCGCGGAGGGCGCGUUCAACGCAGCCUUCGUGCCGCUCUUCGCGGGCGUGCUGGAGCGCGACGGGCGCGCGGCGGCCAAGUCGUUCGCGGAGGACGUUCUGACCGUCCUGCUGUGGACGCUGCUGGUGCUCGUCAUCGCAGCCCAAAUCGUGAUGCCGUGGCUCAUGCACGUCCUGGCACCGGGCUUCGCCGACGAGCCGGGAAAGCUCGAUCUGACCGUGCAGCUCACGCGCCUCACCUUCCCCUACAUCCUCCUGAUCUCGCUCGUGUCGCUGCUCGGCGGCGUGCUGAACUCGCUCUAUCGUUUCGCUGCGGUCGCGGCCACGCCGAUCCUGCUCAACCUCUGCCUGAUCGGGGCCUUGCUCGGCCUUUCGCACUGGACCGAAACGCCGGGCACGCGCUCGCGAUCGGGGUCACGGUCGGCGGAAUCGUUCAAUUCGUCUGGUUGA